UUUUCGUUUUUUCUAGACGGUUUGGUUUAUUUUUUGGAAUUUUUUCUAAAUUCAAUAUACAAUAUUUCGGAUUGUUUAACUAAAAAUAAAAUUAGAAAGAAAGAAAUUUUUUUAAAAUGUUGGCCCUCAAAUCGUUGGUAAGACGUGGGACUUUUAGCAAGUUGUCCAGCUUUCGGGCUAUGGUUUCACUGCGUUCGAAAUCCAAUAAAUGUGAAAAGAAGAAAGAAAGCGUUUGUCCAAAGAAGUUUGACAGUUUCCCAUGCGGAAAGCCAGAGUUUAUGUUGACUCCACCGCCAAAGGUUAACGAAAAGAGGAUAACUAAGCAGCCGUCCAUAUGGUUGAAUCCCUUCUGUGACGAGGAAGCUGUGUACUGUCCAUUCAACCCGCGAUUUGAUGACAUCUACUACGUUGAAUCGGAUAAGGCCAAUCGAAAGUACUGGCAAACCUGGGUCUCCUGCCCUCCGGUACAGCUAAAGAAGAAGAAGAUAUGCUGCUUUGAAAAAGCCAAGGCUGCACCAUUGAGGCGCCGCAAGAACCGCAAGCCCAAAACUGCUUGCCCACAGCCCGAAAAUUGCGAUUUUGCUGAAAGACUCGACUGCCCGCGCUUUAAGCGUCGCUGUCACCGUGCGGGUCGCAUUCCACCCGACUGUCUAAAGACGAAAAGGCCACUUAUUUGUACCAAGCCCUUAACACCAUAUCCGGCUUUCUCUGAAUGCGUGCGUAUGAAGCCCAAUGCGCUACCGUUAAGCGAGUGCAUCUGCUGGAAGAAACCUAUGCUCUGUGAGGCCUGGGCCGAGUGGCGUCGUCGCAGUAUGAGAAAAACUAUGAGAUAGGACUAAGUGCUGAUUGGGAGAAAUGCGUGCUUUCUAGGGUUACUAAAUUAAACCAGCUUAAAAUCAUGUUACAAAAAUAUGUAACCAUAUUUAAGUAAAACACGCAAUCACGUAAA